AUGUCUGUAGCCAAGUACAAGGCAAAGUUCACUGAAUUAGCCAAAUUUGCUCCUUAUAUGGUAGACACAGACUACAAGAAAGCCCGCAAAUUUGAGGGAGGAUUGGACUUAGACAUAUUUGAUCGAGUUGGUGUACUAAAGUUGCCAACAUAUGUGCAAGUUCUUGACAGAUCCUUAAUGGCGGAAGCCACCCUAGCCGCCAAGAGACAAAGUAAGGCCCCAGCAACAACAACAACUGAUUGGAGAGGAAAAAGGUCUGGGUAUGGUUUCAAAAAAGGCCGUUCUCAUGUACGUAAAAAGCAGAAUACAAGGUCUACAAGCAGCUCGAGUCAGAGUAGUGGGUCUAUUCUGAUUUGUCCUGAUUGUAGAAAAAGGCAUAGAGGUGUAUGCUACCGAGCAUCCGGUGCUUGUUUUCGAUGUGGCAAGAUAGGUCAUGAAGUGAAAGAUUGCCCACUUGGGUCUGAGAAUGCCAGCCGUCCUAUGAUUCAAAGAGAAAAGAAGCUAUAUGCGAAAUUGUCCAAAUGUGAAUUAUGGCUUGACAGUGUAACAUUUUUGGGUCACGUAAUCAACAAGGAUGGUAUCUCACAGAAAAUUGAAGCAAUUGUGGACUGGCCUAAACUGACAAAUGUGAUAGAAGUUAGAAGUUUUUUGGGACUCGCAGGAAAAGCUAAUACUGUAGCUGACGCCUUGAGCCGAAAGUCGAUUGGAAAUUUGUCAUGUUUGAUUUCCAGUCAAAAAGAAUUGCUAGAUGACCUAGAAAAGAAUGAGAUUGAAAUUGUUUUGCGAGAGGAAGGUGGGAUUUUAGUUGCCAUUUCCACUCAACCUGCAAUCGUUAAAGAAAUCAAAUAG